UCGUGGUUCCUAGAAGUGUCAGAAAUUCAGAAUCAAACCCAAAUAUAAAACGCCUCAUCAUUUCCCACUUUAAUAAACCUGAAUAGGGAGCUAAAAGCUGGAUGGUAACAUUUAACAAAGGCAGCAUAUCAGUGAACUGUGGGUCAGUCUCAUAUUUGCUUCUUCAUCCAUCUGUCUUGUUUACUGGCAUACAAGCCUGGGUUACAGUGGCAAGGAUUCUGCCCCUAGGCUUCCAUCUGUGACCAUGGCUCAUCAGGACAGCCACACAUACACAUGCAUACCCAUGCACUCACACUGUCUUUUAUGUGCUUUAUUUAUUAAUUAAUUUUUUUACCAGAACUCAAGGUUGUGAGUGUAGCCGUACACAGUGGAUGUUUCCCGUUGGGGAGAGCACUUUAACUAGAUAGUAACAAAUGACACUAGUGACUGUGCUCAGAAAGGAAAUACUCAAAACCCAGUGAGAGAAUGACGAUGACCACUGGUUUAAACCAGACUAAAAGGUGACAUUUCAAUAUCCAGCUCUGUUUUACAUCAUGUGUCAUAUUCAUAACUUUACCCCUUUACAAACAGCAUUAGUGUGCUUUUACCCUGGGGUUCCAUCUCUUGCGUAAACGGGUAGAUAAGCAGCGACCAUGCCUUCUUAUUGUACCUCUUAUAAACCUGAAAACUGAAAGUGUCACUCAAGCCGAACCAACACACCUCCCAUCAUUUUCAGAGAUAAUGUUUACCCAGCCCUAGAUGAAAGUGCAGUUCAAGGCGAACCACAGGCAUUUGCAUAACAAAUGAGUUAUAUAUUGUUCAGAUUUAUCUCAGGCUCUCUGCUUUUGCAGAUAUAAAGUACACAUCCUCCCACUAUUUAACCCAUUGCAUUUGCUCUUUAAACUGCCCUUGAGUUGGUUGCAUAGAUAAUCAAAGCUUUGAAAUACUGCCACUUUGCUUUAUUUUAUGCUUCCUUCUAUUUUCUCUGUUCCAGUCUGCAUUUGUUACUUGUGUUUUAUUCUCUCCAAUCUAAUUUCAAUAAUUAGGUUGUCUGUUUUCUGUCUUUCUGAUUCUCAUGGUUUUAAAAUCCAUUUUAUCUAUAUUUUGUCUAAUAGUGCUUUUUUUGUUGUUCUCCUACUCCGACACCUGGCCCUUGGAAUAAAGUGUCCAGUGAGCACCAUGUAACACCUUUUAUGGAAAAAAUCUUUUUUCUGGACUGUGGGAGUGGCUGUGAAUAUGUCCAGAGUUGUGACUCUUCCCCUCUCCCACUCCCACGCUCUCUUCGACAGCUCACCUAUUGGAUGUGGUACUGCUUCAUAGUGACAAUGGGCUAUCUGAUCUUGUGUCAGAUCACACGAGUCUACGUGUUUGAUUAUGGAAUGUACUCCGCAGAUUUUACAGGGCCCAUGAUGGUUAUAACACAGAAGAUUACCAGCUUGGCGUUUGAAAUACAUGACGGUUUGACUAAGCGAGAAUCCCAGCUGACCCCCAGUCAAAAAUACCUAGCUAUCAGUCGGAUGCCCAGCUUGUUGGAGUACCUGAGCUACAACUGUAACUUCAUGGGCAUCCUGGCAGGGCCCACCUGCUCUUACAACGACUAUAUGGCCUUCAUAGAAGGGACCUGCUACCAGCCGCGCCACCAGGAGCAUACAAACGGCAAGGAGAACGGCAAAUACAAGCAGAGUGAACCCUCACCCAAGAAUGAAGUCAUCUCCAAGUUAUGCACAUGUGCCAUCUCGCUGGCCGUCUAUCUGUCACUGUACAAGCUGCUCCCAGUAGAGCGCGCCAUAGAUGAUGACUUUGUCAACUCCACACCCUUCCAUCUGCAGGUUGUCUACCUUUACCUGGCCAUGCUGGCACUGAGGCCAAAGUACUACUUUGUAUGGACACUUGCUGAUGCUAUCAACAAUGCAGCUGGAUUUGGCUUCAAUGGAUACAACAAAGAUGGCUCCCCACGGUGGGACCUGAUCUCAAAUCUCCGAAUUCUGAACAUUGAGCUUGCCACCAGUUUUAAGGUGUUCCUAGACAACUGGAAUAUCCAAACAGCUCUUUGGCUCAAAAGGAUAUGCUAUGAGCGCUGUCCCAUCAACCCCACUGCUGCCACCUUCAUGUUGUCAGCCAUGUGGCACGGGGUAUACCCUGGCUACUACCUGACCUUUGCCUCCGGGGCUGCCAUGACCAUGGCUGCACGUGCAAUCAGGCACAACAUCAGACCUUACUUUAUGGUCUCUGACUCGUGUAAGUGCAUCUACGAUGUCAUCACGUGGGCGUGGACUCAGGUUGCCAUUAGCUACAUAGUGGUGCCUUUUGUUGUACUUGCUGUGGGACCAUCACUCAAAUUCUACAAAUCUUGGUACUUUAGCUUACACAUUCUAUGUGUGCUGGUAACAAUGGCCCUGCCUAUGAAAUCAAGACGCUGGCAGGCCAAAGAGCUGCAGGACAGCCUACAGAAGGAUAAGGACAACCUACAGGACAACCGGAUAGAGCACAGCAGCACAGACAACAACUGUAACCAGAAAGACAAAGCCACAUGAGGCUCAGGACCACGAUGCACAGACCUUUCAGCAGCACAAACACUGAUCCAAACUAAAAACCACUGAGAGCUAGAGUGUGGCGAGGCGGUUUACCUAACAAAGAACCAAAUAUCAGACACUCUGAGAAUUUUAACAGACAGAACGCAAAAUGUCCUUUCAAAACGUCCAGUAGCAAGAAUGACAGCAGUCACACUUCUGAUAUGGAUAAGACACCAGAAUGUAACAAUGGCCACAGUGUAAAGUAAUGAGUGACUGCGGUUACUUUACAUGACAUUAAUGAAAAUAAAGACUUCCAAGCUGCCUUAAACCCUCUAUGUACUCAGUUUGGAUGACGCUCUGCAAGAACCCAAAAGUAAUUCCAUUGUAGUGGUGUCAGUUUUUACAAGCAGAGUAGAAGUGCAGUAUGUGGAGGGUUUUUGUCAUUGUCCGGAUACAAACCUCUGUUAGGUGGAUAUAGAAAAUGUUUUCAUGUAUCAUCAGCUGCCAAUUUCAAACAGGCCUUAGGAUUCUCAAAACAUUGAUUUCUUUUUUUUUUUAAAUCUUUAUUCAAGACAAAUUCAUAUUGUACUUGUUUUGUGUUUAGAUGUUUGUGGAAACACUAUUUGAAAUUUAAUUACCUUUUUUAAAUUAUGGAAUAAAUCGACUUUGCUGGAUACAGAGUCUCAAAGUGGAAUUCAGAUUCUGCUCAUCUUCAGAACUGCAAAGUUCAAGAAAAAGGAUUUCUGUUUGUUUUUAUAUUCUCCAUAUUGACUGCUUUUCUUGACAAAUGUGACUCAUGAGUUAAAUGUUUGCGUUAAGGUGAGUUUACUUACCCUGUUGUAAUUUAGAAUACUUUAUAAAUGAAUUUCUGAUUAGGGAUUCAGAAGUGUUUUUUUUUUUGUUUGUUUUAAUAUAAUUUAAUUGAUGCAGGUUCUAAAUAAUAAAUUGCAUAUCUGGUAAAAGGAAGCACUGCAGAACACUUGUACAGUUUAAUUAAUUAUAUUACAUUCUACAAAUAUAUCAGAAAUCUAACCAGGUUACCAUAUACACUGAAGGGUUAUUUCAAUGUCAAGUGGUUGUGUAGCCAUAAUUAUUACAAGCCAGCUGAGUAUAUAUAUAUAAUAAAAGUUUCCAAAUAGAUGCAGCGUGCACCAAAGCACAUAUUCAGGCUACAAAGUACAUAAAUGUUCAGUUUGCAUUUGUCUGUGAAGAAAUCCAUUAUGAUUGUUUAUGAACGAGAUAUAAUACUGUACGAAAUUCAGAAACAGACCAGCUGUUGUGGUAAAUGGUCUUAUUGAUUUAUUUAAUGUUGUGUGCUCUUAUGUUAGAUUAAGGGUGUCAGGGUACAUGUACUGUAAGGUGUAAAAGACACUGGUUUCUCCUGUUGUUUUAGUUUGUGUCUCAUCAUAGGCCUUUCAAAUCAUAUGGUUUCCUCUCUACAACCACCCCUGGGUUAUAGACACGUUUUUAGGGAUUUAGUGAAGAACAUAAGGAAAUGUGGUGCAAAGAAGGCAAUGUCACACACACCUCACUCUUACAGUCAACAGUCAAGAUACAUUGUCACAUAUGUUAGAGCAGGAAAUAUUCUUGGGAUUUCAAGCCCAAAAUAAACACAUCGAAGCUGUGGGUUUUUUUUUUCUUCCCUAAAAAUUUGUCAGUAAUUUGAGUUGGUAUGGGGCAUUUGUGUUAUGUAUAGUAAUAACAAAGUAGAAGAGGUGAGCUUUGAAGUAUAGACCUAUUUUAAUUUCUUUUAAAGAUGUUCUAACAUUGCAUAUUCCUGCCAUAACUGUGUGUGUCUACCAGUAUUUGUGUCAUUCUUAAAUGUCAAGGUGGUCUCAAUUAAACUAUAUUUGUAGCCUGAACCCUGAGUAGGCAAAUAUAGCCCGCCUAAGGCAAAGGGAUGUCAUUCUACAAACAUAGUGAUUAUUGCAAUGCAUGGCCACCCAAACCAGCAGAUCAAUGGAAACUGCUCCAUAUGUCCAAAGUGCCAAACCAUGGAUGGCGCAUUUUAUUUUGUGUGUAUGUGAGCAUGUGUGCUGCGUGUGUUUGUGUAUGUGCGUGCGCGCCUGUGUAACAUAAUGGUUAUUUUUGUGUCAGAAGGAAAUUUAUUGAAAGAUUUGUAUAACAGUACAUUCAGAUGCUAAUUUAUGUGGCAAAAUAAAGAGAAAUUAUU